AUGGCGCCUCCAUCAACGCCAGACAACUUCCCAUCGCAGGCCGCAUUCGACUACCUAAUUCUCAUCGAAGUCGGCCCCGAAGCGACCAAACGCACCUUCCAAGUCUUCAAAGGCGUCAUCUGCUUCUACUCAGGCUACUUCGCCACCUCACUCAACAGCGCCUUUCGCGAAGCGCACAACCACGUCGUUCGCCUUCCCACUGAAGACCCCCUCCUCUUCGCAUACUUCCACCACUGGCUGUACACCCGCACGUUUUUCGACUCUAGUCUUGAUCCUGCCGUCGCGCUGGAUUUUGACACUCUCGCGCGACUGUGGGUGUUCGGCGACGCGCAUGACAUCCCUAUGCUGCAGAACGAGGUGAUCGACAUCCUCCGGCGCAAAAUGGACAGCAAGACGUUCUUUUCGGCCGAAGUGAUCGCGUACAUCUACGACAACACGGUGGAGAGCUCGACGCUGCGGCAUCUGGUGAAGCAGACGUUGAAAGACUGGCUGGGUUGGACGUUGUGGUGGGGCCCCGCGGCGGAGUUGGAGAACAUGGACUGCGAAGACGUGGUGGACCUCGCGGGGACGUUGAAGGAGAUGGACUACGAUCCGCGGGAGAGAUUUAGUGCUAUCAAGGCUGUGCGAGAGAGCUUGUCCCGUUAUUGGCAGAAGCAUGAGGAGGGGGAGAAGGGCGAGAUGCGUGAUGGAAAAUGA